UUGAUCGUGUUGAGGAGCGACGGUUGCGAUGUCACGACAGUAUCGAGAGGGCAGAGUUCAGACGGCGGCGCGAGGAGCUCUCUGAUCAAGACAGGUGAUGAUAAUGGUGACAACGAUUAUGAUAAUGAUGACAACGAUUAUGAUAAUGAUGACGGUGAUGAAAGCACAAUUCCUAAUCUCCCUCUACUCGACAGACAAUCGCUGGAGGAUGAAAUGACGAUAAUGAACGAAAGGAUGCAAAAGUAUGGUAAGGAAAACGUUUGUUUCAUAGAAAAUGUGAUACACAAUUCAUAUAGUAGAAUUGUAGGAUAGGUGUUAUUGUGAAACUGGAUCCUGAAUGAAUGAUGUGUGUGUGGGACAUUAUGGACUGACCCUUGUUCCCUCUCAUUUAGAUAAAGAGCUGGAGGUGUUGAGAGGAGAGAACAGGAGGAAUAUGAUGAUCUCUGUUGCUCUAUUGGCUGUCAGUGCUCUCUUCUACUACGCCUUUAUCCACUACUGAAUAUGAAUGAACUCAUCUUAGCACAGUUGACUGUGUUAUGUUACAUCUUCAUCAGGACCAAAGACUGCUUUGGCAGCUAAAAGCCUUCAUGCAGCCAUUUGUGCAAAUUAUACGGUGACAUUCGGGGGUCUCAAGUGAAAGUCACCCAGUAAGAUACUACUUGAGUAAAAGUAUCUGGUUUUAAAUGUAGUUAAGUACAGUGGUGGAAAAAGUACUCAAUUGUCAUACUUGAGUAGAAGUACAAAGUAAAAGUAAAUUCGACACAUACAAUUCCAGACUGCACGAUAAAAAUACAUUUAAAAAAUAACGGUCAGCCAGGGGCACACUCCAACACUCAGACAUAAUUUACAAACACAGUAUUUGUGUUU